GCCGUGGUGCUGUCGCGCCAUAAGCGCACACACCACCGCGACGCUGGCGCGUCAGGUGCUCCAUUAGGCAGCAAAACAACCGCGUACGAUGGCCCAGCGCUUCGUCGGGCAGCCCGGCGGCAAGACUGCCUUCGACAAGCGCCACUCAGAUGACAGCUUGGCACCGGCAGCACAACUGCAGCGGCGCGAGACCUCGAAGCGCCUGGUGAGCUGGGAAGGCAGCAACCAAUUGGCACUGCUGGACAGCGAUUAUAAAGCGGCGCACUGCCGGCGCUACACCGGGCGUGCGACUGUGCGAGAGCCGACGUUCAGCCUCCGAGAGUUCUGCAAGGCUUACGCGUACGAGACCCUGCCGCCGGUCCUCGAUCUUGCGGCCGCAUCCCUUCUAGAAGGCUCGCUUGCGAAGGGAUGGCACGUGACGGGUUAUCGCGCGCUGCGGCCGUCGCCCGCGCACAUCGGCUGGGGCAACUCGAUUUUCGCUGGGGUCUUCGGCCAUAUCACUUGGGCGCCCCUCGUCUACGCGGUCAACUACGCGUACUUCACGAGUCGCGUCGUUCGCGCGCACGUCGACCCCGUGGAGUUGCUCGUCCUCGACGUGUUCCAGCUCAUCCGCAACGGCGUCGUCGCGACGAAGUACGCGUAUUUUGAAGAGGAAGACCUGGAGUCGAUGCGCCAGAGGCCGCCGGCCUGGUCAUGGGACAAGACGGAUAGGCAGCUGCUGCUCGGCGGCGGGCUGUCGCCAAAGGACUACGCGGGUCUCCUCGAGGCGCUCGUCGUCGACGCGAUGGCGACGGCUGACAUUGAUUUGAGGGCAGUCGACGUGGCCAUCGACGAGGACGGCGCGGCGGCGGUGCGAGACCUAGUCAAAGCCACGGGCGGCGACGCCUUCGCGGCGCCCGAUGGCCGCACGUCCGCCGCGGCCGUGCUAUGGUGCCUCUUGGCGCGGCACUGGUCGGUGGGCCUGGCACCAAAGGCGGUCCUCUUUGUCGUCGCCGAGGUGUUGAUGAUACUUUUUUUGCCGGCCAUCGAGCGAACAGCCCUCGGUGGCGCCCCGUACGGCCCUCCGGGGCUAGUUCGCUUCGUUCUCGUCAUGUACACGGUUCUCCUCGCUUUCGGGCCGAAGACGGCGACGCCGACGCUCAUCUUUCCCAUGGCUGCCGCAAACGACUGGCACCGACGGGGCAUGGUCCUUGGGUGCCUCGGCGACGUGUUUGAUGCGCCGGGGCUGUCCGCGGGCGACCUCGUGCGCCCGACGGAGAAUACUGAGGGAAAGGUCGCGCCCGCCGCCGGCACACGCAUAUUUCUGGAUCCUCACGAUCCUAAGAACGUCUUCGCCCACGCGAUGAUGCGCCCGGUACUGAGACGAAUCGCGCGGAAGAUCCAGUUGAGAUGUCAGGCGUACCUCUGGAUAUAUUUUGCCGGCGCGAUAGCCGCUCUAGUGGUACUCAACGUCUUGCUGUGGUAUCCGUUGUCUCACAGACUGCUCGCCGCGCACCUCGCGGCGCUCUUCGCGGUGCUGACGGGUCUGUCUGUCGUGAUUAUCUUCGUCGCUGCGAAGACGACGAACGACAUCACACCUAUCCACCGGUCGCGCCUCCAGCGCGAGCGCCUCGCGAUCGAGCGUGAAAUAUCUGCCGGGGUGGACUCGACGCGAGCCGUGACCCUGGAACACGCGCGACGGCUCCUCAAGACGCUCGACGAGAACAUAGCGUUUGAAGAAGUAGAAAGGGAGCCCGCCUCGGUCCUAGGCGUCGCGGCGUCGGCGGGAACCAUCGGGUCUGUGCUGUCGUUGCUACUGGGCGGGCUGCUCUUCGCCUUCGAGGGCUACAACUCGAGCCGGCAGAACGGCUGGAAGUAUGGGGAGGACGGGGUGUUUUCGAAGGAGUAAGUGUUGUGCGUGUGUG